UAACCACUACAGUAAAUUUGCCAGCAUAGAGCUACAACUCCAUAUUAGCGUUGACCUAUAGUAUAUCUGCAGUACAGCCGUAAGGGUGACGGGGCUGAGCAAAGUAGAAAUGUUCCCGCCUCCUACGAAGACGGAACAACCGCAUCAAGGCGUUUUCUGUGGAGCUGCAUUUUGUCACUAUGGUCAUGGCGGAAGGAGCUACAGUGCUGAGACGGAACAGACCGGGCACCAAAAACCAGGAUUUCUACAACUGGCCUGAUGAAUCUUUUGAGGAAAUGGAUAGCACUCUUGCAGUUCAACAGUAUAUUCAGCAGAAUAUAAGAACUGAUUGUUCUAACACUGAUAAAAUUCUAGAACCUCCUGAAGGUCAGGAUGAAGGUGUUUGGAAAUAUGAACAUCUUCGGCAAUUUUGUCUUGAACUUAAUGGACUUGCAGUCAAGCUUCAGGCUGAAUGUCACCCUGACACAUGCACUCAGAUGACUGCUACAGAACAAUGGAUAUUCCUUUGUGCAGCUCAUAAAACCCCUAAGGAGUGUCCUGCUAUAGAUUACACAAGACAUACACUGGAUGGUGCUGCCUGUCUUCUGAAUAGCAAUAAAUAUUUUCCUAGCAGGGUUAGCAUAAAGGAGUCUUCCGUGGCUAAAUUGGGAUCGGUGUGUCGUAGAAUCUACAGGAUAUUUUCGCAUGCAUAUUUCCAUCAUCGCCAAAUAUUUGAUGAAUAUGAGAAUGAAACUUUCUUGUGUCAUCGCUUCACCAAAUUUGUUAUGAAGUAUAAUUUGAUGUCAAAGGAUAAUCUGAUUGUUCCCAUUUUGGAAGAAGAGGUUCAAAGACUGGUUGCUGGAGAGAGCGAAGCAUAAUGAUAUCUGUACAAUGUAUAAAGCUUUUUUUCCAAAUUUAAAUGAUUAUAUGUUUUAUUUUAAAUAAAAGGAAAUUAAAAGCUUUUGGGAAAGCCUGGCAUCAAAUUAAGUAUAAAAACUUGGAUUGUAUGUUAGACCUAUGGCAUAUAUGGCUAUAUCUGACAUUUUUGUGUAAUAUUGUGUUCAUAUAUUGUGUUGACAACCAUUUUAGCUGUAAAUCUCUUAAUUAUAAUAUUCACAAAGAAAAAAAGUUUUUACCUAUAUUGGCAAUUUGAUGAGAUUGGUUACCUAAAUAAUAACCUUGCAAUUGGACAUUUGUGAAGGAUAGGUUCUUAGCAAAUACCUAGAUUACAUUUUUCAUAGCAAUCAAGUAAGUUUUUAAUUAUUAUAUAUUAAUCUGUGUUGCUGUUCAGUUUAGAGGGAUCUGUUAGAUUUUCUUUAAUUUAGCUAUUUGUAUUCAGAUUAUAUGGUUGUAUGAAAGUUAUGCAUUAUAUGCAACACAAUAUAAUUUGAGUCGUUGUAACAUUUAAUGAAAAAUAAGUUAAGAAAACUGUUCUACUGCAUUAAAGUUUCAUUGUAAGUA